GGCGUCUGGGCUGCUGCAUGAUGAGACCAGGUUUUGCUCCAGGCAUGUCUCCUUUUGGAGAUGUGCGGGCCCAGUUGGUGGAGCAGCAGCGCUGUCUGGAGCAGCAGACAGAGAUGCGGGUCCAGCUGCUUCAGGACCUGCAGGACUUCUUCAGGAAGAAGUCCGAGAUCGAAACAGAAUAUUCCAGAAACCUGGAGAAGCUCGCGGAGAGGUUCAUGGCCAAAACACGGAGCACGAAGGACCAUCAGCAAUACAAAAAAGACCAGAACCUGCUCUCUCCAGUGAACUGCUGGUACUUGCUGUUAAACCAGGUGAGGCGGGAGAGCAAGGACCACGCCACCCUCAGUGACCUCUACUUGAACAACGUCAUCAGCCGCCUCACACACAUCAGCGAGGACUCGGCCCGCCUGCUGAAGAGGAGUAAGGAGAUCAUUUUUCAGCUUCAGGAAGACCUGAUGAAGCUUCUGAACGAGCUUUACACUGUAAUGAAGACCUAUCACAUGUACCACGUGGAGACGAUUAGUGCGGAAACCAAGCUGCGGGAGGCGGAGCGACAGGAGGGCCGCGUGAAGGGCGUGUCGGGGACGGGCGGAGGUGUGGAGCCGGUGUUCGGCCUGCGGAUAGAGGAGCGCCACCAGAGACGCAACGCCGCCCGCAAGAUGGAGAAGAUGAAAGAGAAGAGGAAGGCAAAGUACUCUGAGAACAAACUGAAGACUCUGAAAGCCAGGAAUGAGUAUCUGUUGACUCUGGAGGCCACCAACGCCUCCGUGUUUAAAUACUACAUCCACGACCUGCCCGACAUCAUAGACUGCUGUGACCUAGGGUACCACUCCAGUCUGAGCCGGGCUCUGAGGACCUACCUAUCAGCCGAACUGAGCCUUGAAGCCUCCAGGAGGGCGGGUCUGGAGGUCCUAGAGGGGGCCGUGGAGGGACUGGACCCCGCCCGCGACAGGCAGCGUCUGCUGGGCCUCUACCCGACGGCCUUCUGCCCUCCGCAGCGCUUCAGCUUCCAGGCUCACAUGGGCGACGCAGUGACCCAGAUCGCCUCCCAGCCGCAGCUCCAGGCCGAGCUCUCCCUCCGCCUCACGCAGCUGCAGACCCGCCUGGCGUCUCUGAAGAUUGAGAACGAAGAGGUGAAGAAGACCUGGGGUGCGACUCUGACCACACUGCAGGACAUGACCGUGCAGGAAGACUUCGACGUCUCCCAGAGCUUCACCCACAGCCCGUCCUCUGAGUCGGUCAAGUCCAGCGUGUCGGACGGCUACUUGAACAAACCAAGUCUGGCCAAGAAACGGGCCAACCAGCAGGAGACAGAGCUCUUCUACUUCACCAAAUUCCGCGAGUAUCUGGAGGGAAGUAAUCUAAUUUCCAAACUGCAGGCCAAACAUGACAUACUGAAGAAAGCUUUAGCAGAGGGAUAUAAAUCUGAACUGCUGACCACCAGCCGUGGGCGGAAGAACUCCCAUAGCAAGCACCAGGAUUCAACCAAAGCCAUACCCUUGCUUGUGGAGAGCUGCAUCCGCUACAUCAACCUGCAUGGUCUGCAGCAUCAGGGCAUAUUCCGGGUGUCGGGAUCACAGGUGGAGGUCAAUGACAUCAAGAACUCCUUCGAGAGAGGUAACGACCCACUGAUUGACGAGGAGAGCAACCACGACAUCAACUCUGUGGCUGGCGUGCUGAAGCUCUACUUCAGGGGUUUGGAGAACCCUCUGUUUCCCAAGGAGAGGUUCAAUGACCUCAUCUCCUGCGUCCGAAUCGAGAACAUGUACGAGAGGGCGCAGUGCAUCCGUAAGAUCCUGCUGGGUGUCCCGAGGGCGACACUGGUGGUGAUGCGUUACCUGUUCGCCUUUCUCAACCACCUCUCCCAGUACAGCGACGAGAACAUGAUGGAUGCUGGGAACCUGGCCAUCGUAUUCGGCCCCACCCUCCUGCCCACGCCGGACACGCUGGACCAGGUGGCCUGUCAGGCGCACGUCAAUGAGGUCAUCAAGACGGUGAUCCUGAACCACGACAACAUCUUCCCAGACACCAAGGAGCUGCCCGGCCCCGUUUAUGAGAAGUGUAUGACUGGAGACCAGUACUGCGAGAGUCCGUUCAGCGAGCCGGGGGCGUUGGAGGAGGCCGAGCCCGACGGCGGCACCGAGACCCAGACCAGCGACGAGGAGGGUGAGGGUGUGGAGGCGGUGGCGCGGUUUGACUACGUGGGCCGGUCGGGCCGCGAGCUGUCCUUAAAAGGGAGCGCCCUGCAGCUCUUCCAGCGAGCGUCACAUGACUGGUGGGAGGGGCGGCACAACGGCAACCACGGCCUGGUGCCUCACCAGUACAUCGUGGUGAAGGACAGGGCCGACGUCAUGUCCGACAGCCUCAGUCAGAAAGCAGACAGCGACGGAGGAAGCAGCAGCACCGACGACAAAAGGUCCAGGAGCGAACUAAGCUCCCCGACCGACGUCAGACCGCUAGAGACCUACAACAGGUCCGUCAUUCCCGGGAAGCGAACCGACGGUUUUUUUCCCGCCCCCCCCCGGGCGCCCCAAAACCCACUGCCCGGCAAGGGGGGGGUGAUGGAGCGGAGCCCCCCCGGUGAGGGCCCCUUCCCCCCCAGGGAGCGCUGUGGGCGGGGGUCAGGGUUGACCCCGCCCCUCGACCCCCGGGCGCGCCGGCGCUCUGCCCCGCCGUGCCAGACGGUGGAGCCGCACGAUUCGCUGCCGGCCGGCCAGAGGACACGCCCAUCCGGCGCUCAGCGCGGGCAGCAUGGCUUCAGUGACCCCCAUCGCUCCAGACGCGGACCCGACACCUGCCUGCAGGACAUCGAGGAGACGGUGACCGUGGCCCUGGGGGAGCUGCGGCAGCUGGAGCGGCAGGGCUGGCCGGCUCCCGACGUGGUGCUGGACACACUGGAGCAGGUGAAGAACGGCCCCCCCACCGCCUGCUCCUCCGAGUCUCCCAGCCCCCACAGCACCCCCAGCACCCCGGGAACCCCCGGGACACCCGGGACGCCUGGCACCCCGAGCCCCCUCAGCCCUCUGAGCCCCAUGAGCCCACUCCCCGGACCUCCGCCCGGACCUCCCAGACCGGCCAACCCUUCCCCCGACACCCUGGGCUCCUUCAAACCUGUGGCAGCCGCUCGCAUGGGGGCCCCGCUGCGGCCCCCCGCCCUUCGGCCCAAACCUACGGUGCCGCCCAAGAGCAGCACCCCGCCUCUGCCCCCGCCACUGGACAAGUCCUGCACCAUGUGAGCCAAAACAGGCCGACGAACGGCCAAAUCAGGCCUACCCGGGCCAAAAAUGGGCUAGAAGAGGAGAUCAGGGUACUGCUUAAUGUUAAUAAUCAACAUGAGGGUAGAAAUGGUAGGACAGAGAAAAAGGGUUUAAAUGUAGUAAUAAACUAUAAUAUAUGACAUGAACUAUGAUAUGAUAUGCCAUGAUAUUUAUGUGUUGUCAGGUUGGUGUGUACUCUCUUGGUGUGUAGGAGUUUACUUUCUCCGUGUAUUGAAGCAUUUAUCAAAGGUUAGCUACAAAGUGCUGGUGAAGAGACACGGGAACGAAGCAUAGGCAGAGUGUCCUGUCCUGUAUAUGAGGCGUGGGGAGUGUAGUGCAGCUCCAGUAAGAUGUAGUUUCAGUGACGUGAAAUUGUAGUCACCCACAAAAGGCUGCUGUUUUCUUAAAAAAAAAAAAAAAAAAAAACCCCGAUCGGCUGCUGUAUCUGUGACGAGAGACUAAAGGAAGAGGACCCGGCAGAGUGAAGGGGGACAAUGGUUCAACAACGUCCGUCUGACUUAUAAUUUUAUUUUUUUAUUUCCCACUCGGUUCAGCUGCUAAGCUCACUCAACACCUCAAACCACGAAACGCCUCUUGAGGUCGCCAGUGACACCAAACUCACGUUUAUUCUCACUCGUCCAGCUUUUAAUGAAUGUUUCCAGUAUUAAACGACUGUUCAGCCAUCUAUUGAAUGUUCAGCGAGUUGCUGCGGCGACUCGUUAAACCUUUUAACAGCCUUCUUGUGUUUUUGGAAGGGGGGGGGGGGGGUGCCCAGGCGCCCAGGCCACAGCUUCAGACAGGGGGUGACGGUUGAGCGGUGGAGGGAGCUUGGACAGAACUUUUUCUGGGAUGGGGGUGGGUGUAUGAUUUUGUUCUGUGUGUGUGUGUGUGUGUGUGUGUGUGUGUGUGUGUGUGUGUGUGUGUGUGUGUGUGUGUGUGACAGACUAAUGGUUUACCUGGUUGUGAAGUCACUAGUUAACCUUAAAUUCACAAUAAGCUAACAGGGUGGGGCUUUGUGUGUAAACGCCCAAAAAUAAAACACUUGAACAGCACACUGAAUGUGGGUUAGUCCAACCGGCUGGUAACUGAUGUGUGUGUGUGUGUGUGUGUGGUGAUUUAACAUGACGUGCUGAGACACAUCUGUGUAUAUGUGUGUGUAUGUGAAAGUGCCUUUUUUUUUUUUAAUCCUUGUCUUUUUUGGGGAGUUGUGAAUCCACUCACGCAUGUCCUGAACGAAGAGCAGCAGCACUCUGAAUGAAAUAAUCAUAAAGUGUUUAGUAGAUUACUGAAUUAUGAAUUCUAGCAUUAACCCAUUGUGACAUUGCACUUUGAUGUAUAGGAUUGUGUACUUGGCAUGUAGCAUCAUAACAUGUUGGUGCAUUUUAACUCAAAGGGAGGUUUCUUUGAAUGUGUUUCAUAAUAACGGAAAUGGUUUUUGUCUGUUAGUGUUGCUGUAUUUGAACAACUGAGCUUCCUAAAGAUUAGCUCAUAUAGCCAAAUGGAUUGUAUCAACGUGUUGUAUUUAUAUUAUAAAUAAACCUGAAUAAAUUAGCA